AAAAUACAGAUGCUAUUCUGUUCUAGACCGUCUUCGUGAUAAAAAUGCCCCCAACCGAUGUCUCGACAGCCACUCAGAUCCCCGAUCACGAUCACAAUCACGAUCAAGUCUAUUUCGAGAUUCUCAACAAACACAAUGUGAUAGAUCUUAGCCUUCUCCGAAUGGUCGCGGCCGAGGCCGUGGGCACGUUCGUGUUGAUGUUCUGCAUUAGCGGGAUAAUCGGAAACCUGCAUUCCAUGGGGAUUCAAACAGGACUAAUGGAAUAUGCGGCGACGGCAGGUCUGACAGUGGUGGUCCUAGUUUUCUCGAUAGGCCCCAUAUCCGGGGCCCAUAUCAACCCGGCCGUCACCAUCGCCUUCGCGGCGGCCGGCCCUUUUCCUUGGUCCAAGGUUCCUCUGUACAUUGCUGCACAAGUAGGGGGCUCUGUUCUGGCGACGUACGCGGGGCAGUUCGUUUACGGCAUCAAGCCGGAGCUGAUGCUGACGACGCCGCUCAAUAACGGUUGGAUCAACGCCUUCUUGGUCGAGCUCGUUGCCACGUUCAUCGUGCUCUUCAUGACCACCUCAUUGUUCAACCAACUGCAAUCUAUUAAAUGUGUGUCUGGAUUUAUUGCUGGAGGGGCUAUAUGUUUGGGAGUGCUCAUCUCAGGGCCUGUUUCAGGAGGAUCGAUGAAUCCAGCAAGAUCACUAGGACCAGCACUUGUUUCACGGACAUUCGACAACUUGUGGGUAUAUCUUAUAGCCCCGACGCUCGGAGCCAUCGCCGGAGUCGUCGUUUAUCGUGCCAUACGCCUCCAAGGCUGGUCGUGCGAUGUCAUUCUGUCGCCGCAGAUCAUCCAAGCCACCCAUAGCUCAUUGCACUAGACUUUGUCACAAUAAUGUAGUAACGAAAUUAAUGGAAAUGAAAUGUCACAAAUAUGUUGUCUAGAUUUGUCGGAAAUUUGUUUGGCAUAGUAUAUAGUAACUUGUUAAUUGUGCUAGAAUUCCCAUUUAUUUUGGUUUUCAAGCUUAUUCGGAUCUCAACUUGGUUGUUAGUUCGAGUUCGUUUUAUCGACAAUGUGAUUCGAACUUAAA